AUGCAACUUUCAUUUCUCUCUCUCUCUCCCUCUCUCUCCUUCUCUCUUUCUCCCUCUCUCUCCUUCUCUCUGUCUCCCUCUCUCUCUCUCUCUCUUUCUCUCUAUCUCUCUCCAUCUCUCUCCUUCUCUCUUUCUCCCUCUCUCUCCUUCUCUCUGUCUCACUCUCUCUCUCUCUUUCUCUCUCUCUCUCCCUCUCUCUCCUUCUCUCUCUCCCUCUCUCUCCUUCUCUGUCUCCCUCUCUCUCUCUUUCUCUCUCCUCUCUCUCCUUCUCUCUUUCUCCCUCUCUCUGUCUCCCUCUCCCUCUCUCUCUUUCUCUCUAUCUCUAUCUAUAUCUCUCUUAACCUCUCCUUGUCUCAAUUUCUUCUUCUUCGUCAUCUUCUUUUUCUUCUUCCUCUUUCUCUUCUUCUUCCUCUUCUACUUUUCUUCUUUUUUCUCUUCUUCUUCAGCUUCUUCCUCCUCUUCUUGACGAACCUUCUUUUUUAUUUGUUUGUCGAACUUUCUUUCGACGAACUUUAUUUUCUUUUUCGUCUUUCGGUGAAGUUAUAUUUUAUAGCUUCUUCUUUGUCUCCUUUUACUAAUCCUCUUUUACUCACUCUUCUUCUCUUCAUAAUUUUGUAUACUUUCCUUCCAUUCCUCAUUUCUCCCUCUCUUUUUCCCUUCUAUCCGUCUCUCACUUCUCUUUCUUUCAUUCUUCAUGUGUCGCUUCGUCUGCUCUUUCCAAUUCUCUUUCACUCACACCCCUUCUCAUCCUACCACUUAUUCCUCUCUUUCAUUCUCUAUCCUUUUGUCUCCUCUUACCAAUCCUCUUUCACUAACCCUUCUCCAAUUUGUUACGUAAUUCUAUAUACUUCUCUUUUUUCUAUUAUUUCUUGUACAUUUAAUUCCGCAUUUUUGUUUCCAUCCGCAUUUCCACCCCUCUUUCUUUCUUCAUGUCCCUCUUUGUCUCCUCUUCCCAAUCCGCUUUUACUCCCACUUUUUCUCCUCAUCCCAGUCAACUUUUUCUCUCACUUCUCUUCCGAAUGGACCUGA